CCAUGACAAUAUAUAAAAAAAUCACAAGUCUCCGACAAGCAGAAGAGGAAGCAACCUAGAAAGUUCAUGCCAUAUUGUAGUAUUCUUUCCAAGUAACUCACUGCGUCCUGCAACCAACCCCACACUCUUCAUGGAGACUCCAACCAAGAAGAGGAACCUCCCUCAGGGUGAUGCUCACGACGAUGAAGAUAACGAAGAAAUAAAGAUAGAGAAGUUCUUUGCACUCGUCAAAAGCAUUCGCGAGGCACGUGAUCGAUUUCCAAAUGGCUCAGAUGCUUCGAAGCAGGAGAUGGAUUGUAAAAACAAGAAAAGAAAACUGGAGGAAGAGAAUAAAAGGCAGGUUGCUGUUUGGAAGCCUUGUUUUCAACCUGAAGACUUCUUGGAAGAGUUUCAUGCCAGAAAAUCUUGGGCCACGGUCGCGGUUACUCCCCAGAAAAGUGAAGGUCUUCCGACGCAAGAAGAGGCCAAAGAAGAGUUAGACCUGAGGCUUUCACUUUAAUGUCCAUCAUCAUGAGUUCAACGCAUCUCUCUCCUGAUUAAUAAGGUUAAAAAGGUGAGAGGCCGAUAUCAAACUGAUUAUCCAUUGUGCUUGCCAUUGUCGUCCUGUACUUAGAUUUGUCAAGGAAUAUUGAUUGUACCAGUAGUGAGUAUACAUGCAUUACUCUAGAAAUUUAAUUUCAUGAGUUUGUAAGCAGAAAACUAAAAUUAAGGCUCUUAU